AUUUGGUGCGGAUUCCAAUCCCCCCAAUCCCGCUUUCCGCGUCCCUCUCUCUCUCUCUCUCUCUCUCUCUUCCCUUUGUUUUCUUAGCGCACACCCAAAACCGCCAUUUCUCCGUUCGUCCGCUAUCCCUCUCUCUCUCCUAGGGUUUGGGUUUCCUAGUCGUGUCUACUUUGAAAAUCAGGAGAAAACGAAGGGGAAAACAAUGGCCCCAGCACCAACUUAUCCGCGCUCUAACCUCCCCAAUCUCUCUCUGCAGCAGCGUUCUGCUUCAUCCAUGGCUUGAUUUCUUUUCUAUCUUCCCUUUCUCUGGGCUUGGAGCUUUGGAAUGGAAAUGUACCAUGUUUCUGGAAAUUCAAACACGGAAACAUAUUUGAUUCAACAAGCUGGAAUUGACCCUGUAUUGACUUCUCCGGUGUUUGAACAAUCUGAAACCAUGUACAACGAAGGAGCCCCUGAGUAUGUUGUGGAUCAAGGAAUGUACUAUCCUACCACUACCAACUAUAGUUGGUACUGUACAGGAUUUGAAGCACCCGGCGAAUGGGAGGACCCCCACAUGUUUUUUGGUGUAGAUGGUCCUGAAGUUCAGUAUGCGGGUGCACAAACUGAAAAUUUACCUUAUGUAUGUUAUACACCUAGCUAUGGAUAUGCACAGUCUCCAUACAACCCAUACAAUCCGUACAUACCUGGUGCCAUGAUGGGAGUGGAUGGCUCAUAUAUAAGCUAUACCGCGCCUGGUUACCAGGACUCUAUUUCCUCAGCUGGUUAUGUCCCCGUUUUUGUUCAACCAGACGCUUCUCCAAGCAAUUUGGUGGAUCCCCUUCCUGAUGCCGGUGUUGUAUAUGCUAAUAGUGAACACGGUGGAAGAAGACACGGAUCAUCUUCUUCAGCCUUCUCUAGGAAUCCUUCUAAAUCCUCUGGUAAUCAGACCAACUCAUGGGAAAGACCAGCUUCUGAGGGACCUAGGUCUAACAUUGGAAGUAGCAAGUAUUCUUUGGUGCAUGAUAAUGUUUCUUCUGGUAGCUAUCAAACAGCAACAGCGCGUGUGCUUCAGAGCAGGAAUGCAUCUGGACCCAAUCAGUCGAUUGACAUCACCACAAAGGUAAAGGCUCUACCUCAGCGGAAUCAGUUGAAACUUGCUUCCCCUGUCAACAAUGACUUCUCUGAUUUUGGAUCAAAUGCUCAUGGAAGACCUUACAUGGACAAGAAUCGAUCAAAUGCCCAUGUUGGCAGAACCCUCAAUGACGAUGCACUGGGUGAGCAGAAUCGUGGACCUAGAACAACCAAAUCCAAAACUCAGUUAGCUGUUAAAGCAUACACAGCCAAAGUUGGUGAUUCUAAUGCAGAGGAAAAUAUCAUAAUUUCUUCUGAUCAAUACAACAGGGAUGAUUUCCAAGUUGACUACACUUGUGGAAAGUUCUUUGUGAUAAAAUCAUAUAGCGAGGAUGAUGUUCACAAGAGCAUCAAAUACAAUGUUUGGUCAUCAACUCCUCAUGGGAACAAAAAGCUGCAGAGUGCCUUUGAAGAUGCACAGAAGAUAGCUGCAGAUAAAGCUAGCAGUUGUCCCAUAUUCCUUUUCUUUUCGGUCAAUGCAAGUGGACAGUUUUGUGGUGUUGCUGAGAUGAUUGGUCCAGUUGAUUUCAGAAAGGAUAUGGAUUUUUGGCAGCAAGAUAAAUGGUCUGGUAGUUUCCCAGUGAAGUGGCACAUGAUUAAAGAUGUACAAAAUGGCAGCUUCAGGCAUAUUAUCUUGGAGAACAAUGAAAAUAAGCCAGUUACUAAUAGCCGAGACACUCAAGAGGUAAUGUUCUUGCAAGGCCUGGAGAUGCUGAAGAUUUUCAAAAGCCAAGUUUUGGAUACUUCUAUACUCGAUGACUUCACCUACUAUGAGAACCGGCAGAGAAUCAUGCAAGAAGAAAAAACCAGGUUUGCAGUUAAGAGGUUUGGAACUCCAUUCCUAGCAGCUGCUUUGGAUCCCAAUCCCAAACUCAAUAGUCGAGUUGGGAAUCCCUCAACUAAAUACGAGAAAGCAGCUGUUCAGGAGACCCAGGCAUCAUCUGGCACAGCAAGAAUCGCUUCUAUAUCCGAACCCCCCACCAGAAGUGAGCCUUCUGACCGUGCAGUUGCUGAGGUAGACAACAGUGUAGUAGCAGCUACCACUCUGAAGAUUGGCUCGCUCAAUAUAAACCCGAGGCGGCCUCAGUCCAUGGCUAGCCCCGAUCCAGCUGGAACAGCUACUGGCAGCAACGCUGCUAAUGUUGUCACUGUAGGAACGGUCCCAGUCAAAGUCAAUGGAUUUGCUGAAUCUUCUGGGGUUUUAACUUUUGGCACAAUUCCACUGGAUUCGAGGGCUUUGCAGAGCGGGAAAGGAGUCGGCGGUGGUGGUUCAGCGAAAAGUGCACGCUAAACAGCUAGCUGGGUUUGAUUGAUUUUGAGGUGGGCAGGAACAGUAUUUUGGCGGGGUAAAGGGUUUUACAAGUUUUUGGCAAGGCGGGAAUUGCUGUAUACUUCAGAGUUGCACACUUUAUACCAUUCUCGGUUUGGAGGGGGAAGCCUUGAUCAUUGAGUAGUGCCUUAGUGGGAAGUACAGGCUGCGGGCGUAUGGUUUUACCGAGGUUAUCAAGCGUUUCGUUGCUUUUCUUUUUUUCCUGGUUAGUGGUUACAUUAUGGUUGUUUUUGCCUCGCCCAAAAGCGAUGAAAGUUACUUUGUAAUCUGGCCUUUUUCUCAUGAAAUAUAAUAAAUUACAAAAAAAAGUAAAGGAUGUGUAAUGUCAGAUAUAAGAUAAUGUGCAUACGGUCAGAGGACCUUGGUUAUAAAUAGGUAAGAUUAAGAGAUUUUUUGGAUUUCGUUCAAAAUCUAUUGUUUGGCAGAAAGUGUAAAUUUGAAUAACAAUAAACAAUUUAGAAAAGCU